AUGGAAGAAGUCAAUAACUCCUUGGUUCAGUUUCUUUACCAUUUGCAAAGGACGAAGAGAUCUUUCUAUGCUUUUGUUUCUAUUGUUUUGCUUUUCCUUUUAACUUAUAACAGUGCCACCAUAUUCCAUAGCCACGUUCCUUUUCCGGCCAAGAAUUCGCCGGAUCCUGCCAGUUUUGAGCCAGAAACUGUACCCGGGAAAUCUAGAAAGUUCUUCUCUGUGUCUUCUUCUACAAAUCUCUCAUCUUCUGCACUAUACGCUAUUAAAGAAGACCGCCACGCAGGGAAAUUGAAAACCCAUUUUCCCCGUUUGCUUAAAAAUACAAACUUGGUCUCUUUUGUGAGCACAAGUGUGGUGUAUCAUCCAAAAAGGAGAAAAAAGCAUCGGCGUGGAUUCAGGAGUCAUGGAUCUCAGGCUAAAGUGAAGCCGUUUUCAGUUAGAGUGAAAGAGUUUUUUAAUGCCAAUCCGUUAAAUUCUUCUGGUAAGUUUCGAUUUUUCAUGACCUGGAUUUCUUCAGUAGAGUCUUUUGGGGAUAGAGAGUUGUUUACCGUAGAGAGUUUAUUCAAAACACACCCAAAUGGUUGCUUAAUUAUAGCUUGGUAUAACCAGUUAAUGCAAGGAAAUGUGUAUCCUGGAGAGGUUUCUUUAGGUCAGAACCUCUCAAAUUUACUAAGGCUUGAGUUAUUGUACAGAUUUGGUGGGAUUUAUUUAGACACUGAUAUUCUAGUAUUGAAGAGUUUUAAGAGGCUAAGGAAUACAAUUGGGGCUCAGACUAUUAAUCAUGAAACAAGAAAUUGGAGCAGAUUAAACAAUGCUGUCAUGAUCUUUGACAAAGGCCAUCGACUUCUUUACAAGUUUAUUGAAGAAUUUGCAUUCACAUUUGAUGGAAACAAAUGGGGACACAAUGGACCUUAUUUGGUUUCAAGGGUUGUUUCAAGAAUCACUGGGAGACCUGGAUACAAUUUUAAUGUGUUGCCACCUAUCGCUUUUUAUCCGGUUUAUUGGAAUAAGAUCGGCAGCCUUUUCCAGGGGCCGAAGAAUGAAACUCACUCGAAAUGGUUGAUUGCAAAGCUCAGCCAAAUUCGGAGCCAAAGUUUCACAUUGCAUCUCUGGAAUAAGCAGAGCAGAGGAUUUGAGGUUGAAAAAGGAAGCAUUAUCGAACGAAUAAUGUUUGAUUCCUGUGUUUUCUGCAAUUCCUCUUCAUUUGCGUCGUUGUAA